CUCAAAGAAAAUAUUUCUAACUCAAAAAUAAUAUUUUGAUGAGGAAGAUGAAGCAAAGGAUGAAUAUAGCUCAAAGAAUAUAUUGGAGUGCAAGAGGACCAAACACACGUUCCUCACCUUUUCCUAAACCUUUCUUGAUACUUCAUCCCAAUUACAUCACACAAAGUCCACAAAUCAGCCCAACCAAACACCAUGUCAAAUACCACUCAAAACAUGACCCAUGAAGAACUUGUAGCUUCAAAUGCAGCCCUGCAAGCUCAAGUUGAUUAUCUAGCCAAACAAAUAGCCCAGCUCACUAAACAAAAACUAGCUAUGUUGCAAUCCAGUGAUGAUGAAGAAGACGCUAGUUCCAGCGCCACCAUAAGAACUAAAGCUCAAGAUAAGUCCAGUUCUGAUUUCAAAGUGGAUAUUCCCAUCUUUGAAGGAAAGAAUGACCCAGAUGAGUUCCUAGAAUGGCUGGAAACAGUAGAAAGAGUAUUUGAUUUCAAAGAAGUAUCCGACGAGAAAAAGGUCAAGCUUGUAGCCUUGAAGUUUCGGAAAUAUGCAUCUACCUGGUGGUCCAACAUCAAAACCAAGAGGAGUCGAGAUGAGAAACCCCCGGUUGAUACCUGGCAAAAGAUGAAGACUCUCUUGAAGAAGAAGUUCCUACCUACUGAGGAUAUGGGUUGCUUGGUGGGGUUUUGGGCUUUUCUUGAGUUGCAGGACAUGUUGGGGGAAGGAGGGAUGAAUGUGGGGAGGGCUGAGGUUGAGGGCCAAGUCGUGGGGGCCUCCUCCAUGGAUCUCGUCAAUAAGGGUCUCACGAACGCUACAUUUCGGAAUGCAAAGCCGGUUGCCAUGGAGGAGAUAUCCAUCCUUGAUGAGAAAGUCUCCAUAGGGCCGAAUGAGACACUUGGAAUAAGUGUCUUUGAAGUCUUCAUCCUCCUUGUAAAGCUCCUGCAAAAACUCAAAACUAACAAGUUUGGUACUAAGUACCGUUAGCAAUAAAUGUCUCCGGGAUAG